CCCGUACUCAGUUUCUCAGUGCUGUUUCGGACGCGGACGAGAGUGGACGUAUAUUAUUUGUUGUCUCUCUCUUUCUCUCCUCUUCGUCAUCGUCGUCGUCAUCGUCAUUAUCAUUAUCAUUAUCAUUCUCGUUCUCGUUGUCCCUUGAGAAUUGAAAAAAAGAAUUUACGAAGAUUUUCAACGACAUUUAUUCGUUCAUCAAUAUAUAACUUAGUGUAAAUGUGCGCCGAUAUAUUAUCGUUAUAAUGUGUAUUCCUCCACAUAUCUGGCGAUAGAAAGAAAAGAAAAGAAAAGGGGAAAAAAAAAAGAAAAAAAAGAAAAGGGGGAAAAAGAAAAAAAAGAAAGGAGACAAAGAAUGUGAUAAAUAAAAAUUAUCACAUUCUUGGAAUUACUCUACAAACAUAGUUCUUCGUUUUAGUGAAAGUAGUCGUGUAGCGGUGAUAACGAGCUAGAAUAGAGAUAACGUAUAUAUUAACGAGUGAACGUUCGAUAGUGAGAAAAAAAAAGAAAGUGAGAGAGAGAGAGAGAGAGAGAGAAAGGGGGGGAGAAAGAAAAGAAAAAAAAAGUAAAGAAAGACAAAAAAAGAAAACGACAAUAAAUCUAACGGGGACAGAAAGAGAAGGAACGUCGGAGAAGAUAAUUACUUCUCGAUGAAUACAUCUUAUUGCCCAUAUAGUGUAAUAACUAUCUUACGUAAAUAAAUCAUCAAGGAUCCUACGAAUUUUUAUCUGUUCGUGAAAUUAACAAGUAAACUAAAAAGAAAAACAAUACGGAAACGAGAAAGGAACGAUCCGUGAGUGACCCGCGUAUCUGUGUUAUAGAUUAAUUGAUCAUAUUUACGUCUAACUUAGUUAUUUGAUUAUCAAUAAAAAAAAAAAAAAAAAAAAAAAAGAAGAAAAGAAAAAAAACAACUACCGUAUUUACUCCACACGUUCAACACGUUCAAUAAUCUUCGUCUUGGAUAUUAUCUCAUACUCGAAGAUAUCUAACGGUGAAAACAAAGGCAAAAAACUUAAUUAUAGAUCUUAAAAAACGUUUCGUACGAUCGAUCUUAUCCUUCUCGUACACAGUGCUGUGACCAAAAAGAAAAAAAGAAGAAGAAGAGGAAGAAGAAGAAGAAGAGAAAAAAUUUUGUGAUAUCUCUUGUUAUCCAAGCAACUAGCUAAAACCAAGCAGCUAGACAGUUUGAAAAGAACAUCGUUAUAUCUCUCUUACUCUAUUUCUAACAGUUAGAGAGUUGAUACAGUUGCCAGAUAAAUUGGUCGAACCUGAUGAUAUCGAGUUAUCAACAACAAGAAUAACAACUUCAACAACAACAAGAACAAUACGUAGUACUCUGAGAUAAUCUCAUCCUCGUUGUACAAAGUAUCUACUCGGAACAAACAUCGAACGGAUUCGAAUUACUGGGACGAGCGAUUGAACGAGUGUCCUGCGGCACGCGAUGCGAUUGUGCAGUUCCACGGAUAGAAGCGGAACGUUACCUGAGACAGAAAUAGAAAGUGGCUGCUGUGGGAGUAAGAGCCAAUUGUGCAACGGCGAGAUGAGGUUGAUGCAGAGGCUAGCGAUCAGUGGACUUUUUUCGGUGAUACUGAUCGUUCUAUUAACUGGAACAUUCGUAACCAGACGCGACCUAACCAGUGUCGUUGAAAGAGGUGUAGCACCUGAGGAACGUGCGGAACAAGUAAAUCCAGCAUGGAUCCAGGAUAAUGCUGUACCUGUUGGUGGUAUUGGUGGUGUUGGUGUUGGUGGUGGUGGUGGUGGUGGCGUUGGUGGUGGUGGUGGUGGUGGCGGUGGUGGUGGUGCUGCUGCUGCUGCUGAUAAUGUUGGUGCCGAUUCUAUUGCUGGAGGAUUUGCUGGGGCAGGUUUGCCUCGCGAAGAGAACAGAAUCGAAGAUAAACAAGAUCGACGAAUGUUCACCCUCGUUAGGACGGUUCAUAGGCCUUCUGUAGUUUCGGUUGCCAUUGCACCACCACCCGCACCACUUCCUGGUCCUUACAUCGUUAGACCACCCAAUCCACCAUUGGAUGACGUCACUCAUCAACGUCGUGAGAAAAUCAAAGAGAUGAUGAAGCACGGCUGGGACAAUUACGUGAGGUACGCCUGGGGGAAAAACGAGCUGAGGCCGAUCUCGAAGAAGGGCCACAGCGCCAGUAUCUUCGGCACGUCCACGAUGGGUGCGACCAUAGUCGAUGGUCUGGAUACCCUUUACAUCAUGGGUCUGCACGAUGAGUUCAAGCAAGGAAGGGAUUGGAUUGCUGAGAACCUGGAUUUCGAUAUCAAUUCAGAGAUAUCGCUAUUCGAGACGAACAUUCGUUUUAUGGGAAGUCUUUUGGCUUGUUACGCUCUCACGGGAGACGUAAUGUUCCGGGAUAAGGCAGCCCAACUCGGUGAACGGAUGUUACCAGCCUUCCAAACGGAAACCGGAAUUCCUCAUUCCCUCAUCAACCUACACACGGGUGCCAGCAAAAAUUAUGGUUGGGCAAGUAGCGGAUGCAGUAUUUUGUCAGAGAUCGGAACGAUGCAUUUGGAAUUCACUUACCUGAGUGACAUUACCGGGAAUCCCGUCUUCAAGAGGAAAGUCGAGAACGUGAGGAAGGUGCUGAAGAAUCUUGAAAAGCCGAAGGGUCUCUAUCCAAAUUACAUUCACCCGAGAACUGGAAAAUGGGGUCAACAUCACAUGUCACUCGGAGGAUUAGGUGACAGUUUCUACGAGUAUCUGUUAAAGGCUUGGAUCCAAUCGGGAAAGGAGGACAGAGAAGCACGUGAAAUGUAUGACGAAGCAAUCGCAGCUAUCAGCGAGCACAUGAUCAAGACAUCACCCGGUAAACUGCUCUAUGUAUCGGAUUUGAAAUAUGACAGGCCUGAACACAAAAUGGGUCACUUAGCCUGUUUCGCUGGUGGUAUGUUCGCAUUGGGUGCUAGAACCUUAGAAAACGAAGUGUCGGAUAAAUACAUGAGCAUAGCCGCAGGCUUGACCAACACCUGUCAUGAGUCCUACGACAGGAGUGUGACUAAACUCGGUCCGGAAGCUUUUCAUUUUAUCGAAGGAAACGAGGCGAGAAGCUUGAAAACCGGCGAGAAAUAUUAUAUCCUUCGACCUGAGACAUUCGAGUCGUAUUUCGUGAUGUGGCGGCUUACAAAGGAUCCGAAAUAUCGCGAAUGGGGCUGGGAAGCCGUCCAAGCACUGGAAAAACAUUGUCGAGUCCCAGGAGGAUUCACGGGACUCCACAAUGUUUACUUAGCCAACUCACCGAAGGAUGACGUUCAACAGAGUUACUUCUUCGCCGAAACCCUCAAGUACCUCUACCUUUUAUUCAGCGACGACGAUCUCAUUAAUCUAAACGAUUGGGUGUUCAACUCCGAGGCUCACGUGCUUCCAAUCAGAGGAAAUCCUCUCUAUCGCCCAGCUCCCUCCAUAUAAACUCGAAUCUCAACUUCAUUCGAAGAUGACGACGUAUCGCGAUCGAUGAUUCAUUCUGCAGUGAAAUAUAAAAUGCAGAAGGAAAAAAAGAAAGAAAAGAAGAACAAGAAAAAGAGAGACUCAAUUCGACAAUGGAAGAAGAGCGCUAGCUCAUCUUUACGUUUUCGAGAUGAAAAUUAUCGUGUAAUGAUUGGUCGCUGAUUACUACAAGAGGAGUAGAGAAGUGCGAGUUAUAUAAACAUACAUACAUACACAAACACUCAAUAUUAUUGAAUAUAUAUAUAUAUAUAUAUAUAUAUAUAUAUAUAUAUAUAUAU